GGGAGGGAGCCCGAGUCCUUCUCCAUGGCGAGGCCGGGGGAGAGGAAGCUCCCGAGGAGGGAACCCGGGAGCUGACUCAGCGGAGCAGUGCAGCAUGUUUUCCCGGGAGCACGGCUUCCCUGCCGGAGCCUGCGGAGGGAGGUCUGAGGAGGUAGCGCGGUGCUUCAGCAAUGUUGUAGACUCUCCCACUGAAGGCUUUCCAUGUGCCCUCACUCCGGCUGUCCCCAACAAGACUGUGGACUUGUUUGAGAUGAUUGAAAAAAUGCAGGGGAGUCGUCUGGAUGAACAAAGAUGUUCCCUUCCAGCUCCUCUCAAGACAGAAGAGGAGUAUAUUCCUUACCCCAGCAUCCAUGAGGUAUUACAGAAAGGGUGGCCAUAUCCUCUCAUUAUCUUACCCCAGUUUGGGGGCUACUGGAUUGAAGGGACCAGCCACAACCUGUCCAGCUUGAGUCCAACUCUGUCUGAUGUACCCUUUCCCUGGAGUGGUAAAGUGAAACUGGAAAGUGACCCUACAGCCAAGCUGUACCGCAAACAUUUUCUGGGAAAGGAGCACCAGAACUUUUACUCCAGUGACAUGUCCUUGGGCUACCUAGUACUUUCUGUGAAGUAUGAACAGAUUGAGAAGCAGGAAAAUCUACGCCUGUUGCUGAGGACUCGUACUGGCACCAAACAUGACCUAAUCCCCAUUUCCUGUCUGAAUGAGUUUCCCAAUGCUGUCCAGAUGGCAAAGCUACUGUGUGAGGAUGUGAAUGUUGAACGCUUCUUUCCUGUCCUCUAUCCCAAGGCUUCGCAGCUUAUUGUUGCAUUUGAUGAACACGUCAUAAGCAAUAACUUCAAAUUUGGGGUCAUCUACCAGAAACCUGGACAGACAACUGAAGAAGAAGUCUUCAGUAACACAGUAGAGAGUCAGGGUUUCCUGGAGUUCCUGGAUUUUCUUGGUGACAAGAUUCAGCUGCAGGAUUUCCGUGGGUUCCGGGGAGGCUUGGAUGUUACCAGAGGUCAAACAGGCACUGAGUCAGUCUAUACAAAUUUCCGGGGGAAGGAGAUCAUGUUUCAUGUAUCUACAAAGCUGCCCUUCACAGAGGGAGAUUCCCAACAGCUUCAGCGGAAGCGUCACAUUGGGAAUGACAUUGUAGCCAUCAUCUUCCAGGAUGAAAGCACACCUUUUGUCCCUGAUAUGAUUGCUUCUAAUUUCCUGCAUGCUUAUGUGGUAGUUCAGCUCACUCAUAGCACCACUGGGGACACUCUCUACAAGGUUUCAGUCACAGCCCGAGAUGAUGUCCCCUUCUUUGGACCCCCUCUGCCAAAUCCAGCCAUAUUUAAAAAGAGUGCAGAAUUUCGUGAAUUCCUUCUGGUCAAGCUCAUCAAUGCUGAGUACAGCUGCUAUCGAGCUGAGAAAUUUGCUAAAUUAGAGGAAAGAACACGGAGUGCCCUCUUGGAGAGCCUUUUUGAGGAGCUGCAGCUUCGCAGCCGCAGUAUGAUGGGAUUACCCACAGGGGAGGAUGACAAGAUAGAGAAUGGCAGUGGGGGCUUCCUGGAAAAUUUCAAGCGGGUGAUCAGAGGCCGCAGCCAGAGCCUGGAUACCAUGGGGAUAUCCAUGAGAAAGCAGCAGCCAGCCACCCUGCCCAGCCGCCCAGCUACAGCUGGCCUUGCCCUCAGCCAGAGUGUCGCCGAGGGCCCUAAGGCCAUUGCUGCGUCUUUUGCCUUGCCUGGUAGGAGCCCAUCACGUACUCGAGCCAGCCGCUUCCAUGGGCGACGGAGUAGUGCCAUUGGCAUUGAGAACAUACAGGAGGAAAAGAGAGACACUGCAGAGAGGAUACAGAGGGUGUUGGACAGUCCAGGAACUUUCUUUGACCUGAAGUCUGAUGGAUCAUCCAGUCCCAGCUCCCCAGAGUUCCCCAGCAGGAAGAGCAAAAUACUCAGGAGUCAGACUUCAGGAUACUGUGUGAUGCAGCCACUCUCACGUUCUUCAUCCAGUGUAAGCAGUUGUUGUAGUGGAUUAAGGGAAAAUGGAGCAUCUGAGGAAGAGGAGAAUGACAGGGAGCUGACGUGCUCUCUUGAGGGCCCUCCAAAACAGGAUUCAAUGGUUCAGAAUAUGUGGCUGGAUGACAGUGACUGCACACCCAGUACUUCUAGCUCACCAGGAAGCAGGUUGCUUCCUUCCAGCAGUGUUGCUGGCUCCACUGGAAAAGGAAAAGGCAGCAAAGCAGAUGCUCAGCACCAUAAUCCAGCCUCCAUUUUGUGCUGUGUGUGAUGUCACCGCUGGAGGACUGUCUUGGUGCACACUGGGUGAGGAGCACAGCCUAGUAUUGGUGGGACCUACUUGUCCACGCCAGUUUCACAGCUUUUCCAGACAUGGCAAGUGGGACUUGAUCUCCUGGAGAGAUCUGUAAUAGAGCAAAGGGGAACACACCUUCAGGUUUGUUCCCUACAAUUCAUAGUCCAGUUUUGCUUGUGUUGCUGAGAGUAUCUCUUUUCGCUUGGUAUAUUCCUUUCCUUGCUCAGUAUCUUCUCUGGCCUGACAGCUAAACAACAUGCUGCCUUGAAAGUGGUGUGGAUGUGAGGCUCUCAGGAACUGGUUUGGUAUAUAGUGAAGUAGAAGGGGUAUCAUCUUUAUAGAAGAAAAUUCUUCCACCUAUUGCUAAAUAAUCCUGAACAGCUGGUAGUUCUUAUUACUGCUGUUUAGAUCCUCAGUGUUUUUUCAAUGUUCGGCUUUUAGCUGCCCUGCCACCUUGUGGCAUUCAGAGCAGUCAGGUCAGCAGUCAGCAUUCAGUCACCACCACUCCUUGAGGUGGUGGUCACUGGUGACACAGAUCAGAAAGGGAAAAGCCAAGUAAAGAAGCUGUUACUUAUCACUGAGACUACUGCAAUGCACACUACAACAAAGACAAGUACUAAGCAUGACAGUGUAGCUGCCAGCCGAGCUUGUGCUCUGUAACCCUGGAGCAAGGUUGUCUUGCUCCUCUUUGAUGGAGGCAGAACUCCAUCAAAAUUCUGCUCCCAAACAGGCAAAUUUUGCUCAAAGUAUGUAUACAGUCAGAAUUACAACAAUUUUCAAACUCACUGAUAUAAAUGCAAAGCCUGUGGUUUUGCAUUUACUGGUGGUUAUUACAGGCACUAAGCAAUGGAAGGAAAAUCCUGAGUUUGGAUUUUCCUUAUCUCAAUAGUGUUUUAAGUAUUAUUUUAGUACCUAAGGUUUUGAGCAUUUAGUUUCUGCUGAUUUGAAGUAGGUCUAAGGGCCUUUAAAAUAGUUUUGUGAAAUACAUCACAGUCUUUAAGAUCCAUCUCAUUUGGUACACCUGCUAAAUCAACAACAUUCUGCCACAAAGGCUGGUUAUUUUUCAAUCAGUCUGGUUCAAAUGAUUAAAUUUCAUGAGACCCUGGCUUUUACCUUGAGGAACAUCUCCAGAUGUUCCUUGAAUUCUCACUAGUUUCUCAUCAGAGUUCAUUACUUCUACAAAAGGGCAUUUUACCCACUUAGAGAUAGCACUACUGGCUUAAAGUGAUGUUUUAGUCAUUCCAUUUUAUCACCUCAAAAUCACUUUGAUAGCACAGAUUGGAGACAAGCAAAUUUCAGGAGAGAAGUGGUAAAAAAUUGCUAUAACAUGGCUUCAGGGGACUCAAAGAAACCUAUGGUACCUACAUACAUGUCAUUCUAUCUCCUCUUGUAUCUCACAAAGAUUUCCUGAAGUUCCAGGCUGGAUUUGCCCAAAGACUAAUGGAUGCACUAGUAGAAAGGAGGAAGGGGUUCUUAAGUUAUAGGAUAUUUCCUGAAGAACUGAAAGAGGUGUAAGAAGGCAAAAUUGUGGAUGGGAGAACAUGAUACUCCCACAGCACUUAUAGCUGUAAGAACAUGAAAGAUACAGAUUUUUUUCUGAUGCUUUGUUCCAGGAUUUGCUGUUGAAAUGAACAAGUGUGAACAUGCUUUACCUUAAAGUUCAGAAAAAGACAAAAACCAGAAUUCCAGCUGCUGCUAGUUCUUCUGCUUCAUUCAGUGAUGCAUCAGAGACAGCCUGGGAUCAUUGAGAAAUCAAGCUUCAUACAAAUCAAAUUAGUUUCAAUGUGUUACUCCAAUUCAGCCAAUACAGGGCCAGGAUCAAACUGUUUCCAUGGAAAUUUCUUAAUUUUAUUGCUUCCACACCUUUUCCUCUGCAGACUAUGUGAUGGAAAGUCCCUCAUAGCCAUAUCCAAAUCACCUUUGGAUAGGCAGCAGUUAGGGCAAAAUACAAUCUGGUUCAGUUACCAGCUCCACUUGCAUGGUGAUUACCACUGUCCUGCGAAGACAUUACUGUAAAACUUGCAUUAACUAAAAACUCCUGCAAGGUCUGGCAUUGGUGCUGCACGUGUAUGGUGGUUUCCUCAAAUGUCAGUCACUGCAGAGCAAGGUGUACAAAAUACUGUUCAGGAUGGGGACAGUUCCUUUUGAAAUACUUGAUUGGUUCCCUAGACUUUUCUUUGGGCUUGAAUUGUGUCCCCUCCAGUUGCCAUGCUGCUAAGUAAAAGGAAGCAUGAAUACCUUAUCCUGUACUUCUAGUGCCUAUGUAGUAUAUUGGAUUUAAAAUAAAAGAAGAAUAUGGCCAGCUUCUCUUA